CCGAAAGUGAUUCGCGUUGCCUGCACUUCCUGCACCGACACCUUCCUGCCGCAUUUGGUCGUGAAGGUACCAUGCGACCAUCAUUAUUGUGGAGGCUGCCUUGAGCACCUUUACACCUCAUGCAUGACAGACGAAACGCUCUUUCCACCGCGUUGCUGUCACAAGGAUUUCCCGUGGGAACUCGUACGCCACAUUCUCACGCAAAAGACAAAGAGCCUAUUCGGUCAAAAGCGUGCCGAGCUGGAGACGAAGGACAGAACCUACUGCCAUAUCCCGACCUGCUCCGCCUUCAUUAAGCCAGACACGUACGUUGGGAGAGCCGCACCUUGCCCAAAGACGCACUUUCAUGGUUGCACGUGCACGUUUUGCAAACAAGCUCACCAUCUGGGUCCGUGUCCUCGAGACGCGACACUAGAGCAACUCAACGCUACUGCCGAGGAGAAGCAGUGGCAGAGAUGCUUCGCUUGUCACAGGAUGGUCGAGCUGCGUUCCGGCUGCAACCAUAUUACAUGCUUUUGCAAGACCGAGUUCUGGUACGCUAUACUCAUACGUCCGCUUUCAAUCGCUAACACCUAUGUUUGCGGCUUACGCUGGAAGCUUUGCAAGUGCCCGACUUGGGAUGAAGUGCGCUUGCUCGAGCGCGGAGAGGACGCUGUCGUCAACGGCAUGGCUCCCCGAGCCAAUCCCGGUCAAAAUCGCGAUGAGCAAGUCGCUCAAGCAGUGCAGCAUAUUCGCGCCAACCACGAGUGCACGCACGCGGAAAUCAGGAUCACUCGGCAGGCGGGUUUUGACUAUCAGUGCCAGAUGUGCGACGAGACCUACCGCAACUGGCUCCAUCAAUGCCGCCAGUGUUGGAUGACCAUCUGCGGUACCUGCAGAUACAACCGCCUGUGA